AUGUCAUCCCUCUCAGGGCAUCGUCGCUCGCUGCCCUUCUGGACCUUGGACGUCUUCACCUCGUCGCACUUCCACGGCAACCCCGCCGCCGUCCUCGUUCUCCCCACACCUACCUCACCCGAAUUCGAUGAUUUUGCUCUACUUCAAAAUUUGUCCACCGAAUUCGCGCUCCCCAAUACGGCGGUGGUGAGACCCACCUCGGAUCGUCAAGUAUGGGACAUCCGUUUCUUCUCCAAAACGCAACAGAUCCCCUUAUGCGGUCACGCGACCAUGGCCGCGGCCUAUCUAUUCGUGAGAGAGUUGAAAACAGUAAACCUCGAUGCGAAUUCUGUGUUCCGUACCUCAAUGGGAAGAGGGGAUAUUAAAGUCUCGCAAGUCGGCGAUGUGUUGGGCAUCGAACUCCUUGCUGAUGGAUCGGUCUUGGACCAAGACAACGUACAACAAGUCGACACGGAGCGAGUCAAAAAGGCUGUGUUGCAGUCCACAAAGGGUGUCGAAGCGCAUGAUAUCGUUCAUGUGGUCAGGAGCGAGCGGGUCGGCUGGAUCGUCGAGCUUUCCCCCGACGUCGAUUUGAAGAAUCUGCUCGUCGAACCGAAACCGAUCGUUAGUCCCGCUCUUUUAUCAUUGGCAUAAUCACCAUCUGAUUAACAUCUUGUAAUGUGAAUCUUUGGCACGCACAGGAAGAUCUGACCCCCUUCAUGUUGGUCAUGACCCAACCCUCGAGUCAAGGCGGCGUCAACUCGAGAGUGUUCUGUCCUAGCAUGGGCACGGUCGAGGAUCAAGUGGUGCGUUUGGCACCCGUUUCUCAAGUGAAUACGAUCGAACCUCGACGAAGAGCCGAUACUGAGCUCUAUACUUUGAUUCGCCUCCCACAGUGCGGAUCAGCGCAUUGCUCGGUCGUGCCUUACAUCCUCGGCACCCCUUCCGCCCGAGCACGGUUAUCACCCGAAGGCAUCACCCAGACAAAAGCGAACGACUCGGGGUUCCAAGUCACACAUCUCAGCAAACGAGGUGGAGAAAUGUUCGUCACGUGGAAAGAGAAGGAAGGGACGUGCGUACUCUCGGGUGACACUGUGCUCGUUAGUGGUGGGAACGUCUUUUUGCCGUGA